CAGCAACCACCACGACCAUGGCGGAGAGAUCGUCUUCUCCAGAGGGCGGGGACGAGGCGCCAUCCUUGCCGUCUCCCUUGCCUGCAGCCUCUUCGACAGCCUCUGCCACGCCGUCGACAUCAUCAGCAACAUCUGUUUCGUCAAAUUCUGCGGCAGUGUCUUCAGAGCUGCCAUUGCCCCUCAUUGGGUCUGUGGUGCUCGUGUCAUGGGAUGACAAUUCAACACAUGAGGCCACCGUAGUGCAGUCGCGAGAGCGGAGGCCUGGCCAGUUGGAGUACUACGUCCACUACCUUGCAUAUGAUCGACGCAUGGACGAGUGGGUGGCGCUCUCUCGCAUCGAUCUCGAAGACUACAAAAAGCAGCUUGAAGGCGACAAGCCAGACGGUCCAAAGUCUUCAAAGCGCACGUGGGAGCCGACGCGGAAGGUGACGCGCAACAUGAAGCGAAAGACAGAGGCAAGUCACAUGGGUCGUGCAGGCACGGGCGGCAGCCAGGCGUCCCUGGAUGCUGUUGAGCGCGAGUACGAGAAGAACACGAAGAUCAAGCACAUCACAAGCGUGUACUUCAGCAAGUACAGGCUGAGUGCCUGGUAUUUAUCACCAUAUCCAGAGGAAUACGGGAAGCUGCCUCAUUUGUAUGUGUGCGAGUGGUGUUUCAAGUACAUGGCGCACCGCCACGCCCUCCUCACGCACACAUGUACACGCCGAUGUCCUCCCGGCCGCGAGAUCUACAGAAAACACCACAUCUCCAUGUACGAGAUCGACGGUGCACAGGAAAAGCUCUAUUGUCAGAACCUCUGUCUCUUUGCAAAGCUGUUUCUUGACCGCAAGACGCUGUACUUUGACGUCGGCCCGUUUAUGUUUUACGUCCUCACACACGUCGACGACACCGGUGCACACGUCGUCGGAUACUUCUCAAAGGAGAAAGAGUCGCAUGAGAACAACAAUCUCGCGUGCAUCUGCACAUUUCCUCCAUAUCAACAGCGCGGCUACGGUCGAUUCCUCAUCGAAUUCAGCUACGUUCUGUCGCGGCUGGAGGGCCGGAUUGGCGGUCCGGAGAAGCCGCUCUCUGAUCUCGGGCUGAUUGGCUACCAGAGCUACUGGGCAUGGGAGUUGCUGACGGCGCUGCACAAGACGGACGAGCCGGUCACAACAGCACAGCUCUCUGCACGCACAGGCAUCACGCAGGAUGACGUUGUGGCGACGCUGCAGUGGUUGGACCUGAUCAAGUACUGGCGCGGCCAUCAUACCAUCUGCUACACCACCAAACAGCUCCACGCCGCCACCGUCAUGAGGAAACUCAGGCCUCCAAAGCUUGAGGUUGACACGCGCUGUCUGCGCUGGUGUCCGCCGACCGCACCGCCGAAGGAGGAGCGCGCUGCUGGUGGCGAUGACGCGUGACCCAGUGCACUCCACGAAACACGCCGCCUGCAACGUGUACACACACAGACACACACACACACACGCACAUAUCCACACUGGUACACACACAUACACAUACACACACACACACACAGAUACAUGCACUGGUACGAGCUCGCAAUUGACAUGAGAAGCAGUGUGCCUCCACAUUCCGUCUUCAUUGCUGCUGUUGCUGUUGUUCGUAGGACUUUGCUGUGGAUAAGCUAUCCCUAGCCUAGCAUUUGUUCGUCUUGCGCGUGGUGUGUGCGCGUGUGUGGUUGAGUUGUUGAUGUGCGCACGCACUUGCAAGCACAGCAGCCAAUGGUUGUCUGACCCCACCACCCACUUUCACUUCCCCUCUCCUCUCUUCCUGUUUUUCGAACUUGUUCUGACGCUGUAAUAAUUGACACAUG